CAGCUCCAUCCGUGCCAUGCAACAGACUCUCAGCGGGAAUGACAUGGAGUCGUAUUUCACCUGCUGGUUUCUUCUACAAAGCUGCAUGGCAGUCCACGCUUUGCAAUGACACUCUGCCCCGCACCCCCACUGCAUACAGAGCUUGCCUCAAACGCAAAACUCUCUGGCUACCAGGGGAUUCGACGAGUGUUCAAUUUUGGAAAUUCCUUCAGCAGUACUUGAAUAUAUCUUACACAAGAGACACAAGCGAAAAACAUGGGCCAAGAAUUAUCACUGACAAGGAAUCAAACUUCAGUGUCAUAUGGCACGCCCAUGAGCUCCCCUUUUACCAUGGGAGGCCUGUUCACAACAGGACAGUAAACCUGGCCGAACAUGUGAUACUUGACAAUCUCCCAAACGCAACACAAGACGUCAUUGUUUUGUAUCUCUAUGUGCAUUUUACGUUGGUACAUCCGGAUGUGUUUCGCCGACAUGUUCAGAAACUUGUUCAAUCUGCAAAGGAUCUGCUUGCACGUGCCCCAAACGUAACACUGGCAGUACGUGGACCUCAUGCAUUUUAUAAAUCUGUGGCUGUAAAGCGAGGAUUGACCUCCUAUUGGGGUCUCGUUUAUGAAGAUAUUCUACAUGAGAAUUUUUCAACGUUACGAAACAAAAUAGUUUACUUAGAUUUCUGGGAUAUGACUGUAGCCAUGGAAUCCUAUAAUAUUCACCCCAAUACACACGUUAUCAAGAAUAUGGUGCACAAUAUGAUGUCUUUCUUGUGCUAUAGAAAUCUUGAGAGUUAA